AUGCUUCAACGCGCCCACAAAGCGGCUCCCGCAAACGCUGCACACCUCAUAACGUCUCUUUCAAGAGACGCAGCCACCGUGAGACAGAUGUCGCGCAGCUAUUCGUCGCGCAUUUCGCGCCCGGAUGACCGCGAGGGACGCGACGAGUCGCCUGCCGCGAAUUCCGUUGGUGGUUUCUACGACAGCUACUAUGAGGACAACAACUCUGGUGGCGGCUCUUACAACGCCAACCGUCGCGGCAGCGACAACCAUUCCCAGCAGGGCGACUCGAGCUACUCUCUGCGCAGUCGCAACCGGGGUUCACAGGACCAAGGCUCACAUCGUGACUCGUACUCUGACCCCGUCCGUCGAGUCGGCACCGAUGCCUCAAACAACGCCGCACGUAGAGGAAGCAAUUCGUACCGCCGGGAUGGCUAUCAGCAACCCUCGUACAACGACUCAUACAACAACAACGCGCCUUACGAAGACAACCGCCACUCGUAUUCUCGUGAAGGAUCCCGCAGCUCCCGCGGCUCUCGCGGCGGCAGCUGGCAGUACUCUCCCUCUCAGCCGGCCGACCGCUACUCUCCCUCUGGGCCAGCCGACCAAUACGCCCAAUACCAAUCCCCCAAGUACGCCCAAUACCAGUCCUAUAGCCCCCAUCAGCCUUCGUACACGAGUCGAGUGGGCGGCCACUGGCGUGGAGGCUCUCGUUCCCCAAUGGGCAACUCUACGCCUGGCUCACCUGCGUCGCCCGGCCGGCGUGGAGGAAAGGGCAAGAAGGGCGAUUUCGUUGUGCCCCUCCCCGACGCCAAGUACAUCGACCUUUCGCGCCAGCCUCCAGAGACGCCAGCGCCGGAUGCUCCCGGUGUUCGCAAGCUUCUCGUUCUGGACUUGAACGGUGCCCUCAUCUACCGCACUCAAACCAACGCGACCCGCGGAAUGCACCCGCGUCCUUUCCUCUCCGUCUUCCUGGAGUACCUUUUCAAGGACGAGCCAGACGGAACGCAUAGCCCUUGGGAAGUGCUUGUGUGGAGUUCGGCCCAGCCGCACAAUGUGCGCGCCAUGGUCGAGACUGGCUUUGGCCGUUGGUGCAACGGUGUGUGGGAGGAGGAGCAGAACAAGCCCGAGGGCGAGGGCCGUCUCCUGGACGUGUGGGCGCGUGACAAGAUGUCGCUUGGAACCGACUACAAUUUCGAUGUCCAAACAACCAAGGAUCUGCGCAAGGUCACUAACGAGCUGGGUCGCUACGACGAAGCCACAACUGUUCUUCUGGACGACUCGUCCUUGAAGGGCGUCUACCAGCCGUGGUCUCAAAUCAUCAUUUCAGAAUUUGACAAGCCUGAAUACCACGACUCCAAGGUGGCAAUCGAGCGCAUGGCCGCUAGAGCCAGGUCCGCUUCCAGGCCCAACACUCCUGCGAGCACCUCGUCCAAGAAGAACAAGGGCAAGGGAAAGAAGGCUAGCAAGGAGUCCCUCACCGACGCUGCCAGUGCCAACGCUGGACCCAUCGACCCUUCUGUCGAGCCCGGUCUCGACAACAUUCUCCUGUCCGUGGUCGGAAUCCUCGAGGCCAUGCGUGGUGUCUCGAAUGUCCCUGCAUGGGUUCGCUCUGGCGGUAUUCAGAACCCUACCGGUUCCGCGGCCGACACUUCUGUCGAGGUUACGCUCGACAUGCUCCCGUCCCACUCGUCAUUUACUACUUGGUUUGACAACCCCGAGACCCAUGCCUACUGGGCCCAGAAGGGCAAGGAAGCGCUCCAGCGCAAGGGCAUCCCACUCCGCCACAGCCCUGAUGGUUUCUCAUACGAUGAAACACCACAGGCCAGCCCGCAGACCGGAGAACGCCAGUCUAACCAGCGCAUCCGUGCUUCAGCCGACGAGCGCCUUGCCGACCUCAAGUUGGACGACAGCCAACUGACAGCCAACAGCCAGUCUGCCUCUCGGGCUGAUGGCCACCAGGGUACGCCCGCCUUUGUCUAUCACCACCUCAUGACCGUCGCUGACGGGUCACUUGUGGACGACGAUCAGCGCCGCGUUAUCCUAGACGCGAUUAAGAUCUUGCAGGACAUCGGCGGAGCAGUGGCUCACAACGACGACGACACAUCACUCGCGCCCCACAUGGUUGACCCCACUCCACCACAAGGAACGUACCCGCAGUACCGUCCCCGUCCGGCGGAUCUGCGGUGGUUGGCGGGCCUCACUGCGGACCAGCUCAAGACCUAUCAAAAGGCUGCCUCUGCCAUCGAGGCAAAGCUCCGCGCGGAUACCUCCCAGGACGAGGAGCGUAAAAGGGCAUGGCUCCUCAACCUCAAGAAUUAUCAGACUCGCCUCGACCUCGUUCUGUACCCGCCAGGAACCCCUGCGUUUACACAGCUUCUCACCGAGUACGAAGCGCUUCCGGAUAGACCAGCCGGCGGGGCGGUGGCCGCGCACCCCAGUAAGAGGGGACGCAGCGACCAACAGUCCGAAGGCACAGCCCCACAAGGGUUGAAGGGAAAGUUCAAGAAAACGCGCCACCUUUGA